UGGAGGAAGAGGCAGAAUGCUGUGGUAUUACAAAAUAUGAUCACCAACAGUGCCGGUGUCGUCCAAGACAUGUUCCUAACCAGUGGACUACGGCAGAGGUGAUGGGAGGUUAGGUCUCCUCCUUACUAGUCUCCUAGUAAGGAGACUUCACCCCAGCAGACUGGGCUUUCACCCCAGCAGGCUUUCCACUGGCCCUGAAGGAGCACAGAGCGGGCCACGUGGCAGGGAACUGUGGGUGAUCUGAAAGACCUAAGGUCAGCCGUCCGACAGCACAGAAGAAGCUGGCCCUCAGUCACAGCCACCAAGAAAGGAAGCCUGCCAAGAUCCACACGAGUGUGGAAGCAGAUCCUCGCCGCAUGCCGAGAACUUUGACUGCGGCCUUCGGAGACUGCGCAGAGGACCAGCUAAGCCGCGCCUGGACUCCUGUCCCACCGUGAUAUAACAACCGGUGGAUAGGAAAAGUGAUAUAACCGUGAUAGAGGAACCCGUGGUACAACAAAGGAACCCUGAUAUCACAAACAGCCCCAGAAGGGUUGCUGGCACUCUUCUGUUCCAGAACUUCAGUUCCAAGCUUGGAAAAAUAAAGUCCUUUCUGAAGAAGUAAAUUUACAAGGGAAUUUGUAGGCGGGAGGAUUUUGCCCUUGACCAUUCUUGACCCUUGCCAGCUUCCAGGGGGCCUUCCUCUACCCUGAAAACAAGGAUGGAAAAGCCCACAGGCAAAAAAAAUAAGACCCAGACUCCAGAGGCAGAAGUGCAUGUGCAGAAGGACACUGCCAAGGAAGAGAAGGCAUCUGGGAAAGAACAGCCAAACCAGAGCCCCGCUUUGGCCCAAAAGCACAGGAAGGAAGCCCACCUCAGUCCUGAGAAUGAGGAGCACAUGUGUGAGGCCUUUGAUGCUUCAUUUAAAGAUGACUUUGAGGGAGUCCUGUUCACUCGCUUCCAGAGGAAGAAGCCCUAUGAACGCAGCGAAUGUGGGCGCAUCUUUAAGCACAAGACGGAUCACGUUCGUCACAGAGUCCACACUGGAGAGAAGCCCUUCCAAUGUGCCCAGUGCAGGAAGACUUUCAGGCACAGCUCUGACAUGACCAAGCCCCGAAGGAGUCACACCGGAGAAAAGCCCUGUAAAUGUAGUGAGUGCGGCAAAGCCUUUAACUGCAGUUCCAAUCUCCUGAAGCAGAAAACCCACACUGGAGAGAAGCCACAUGGAUGUAAGGAGUGUGGGAAGACCUUUACCUACAGCUCAUGUCUCAUUCGCCAUCGGAAACAUCACCCACGGAAGAAGCGCUGAGCGUGGGAAGCCACCCGCCAGACUGGGGGCUUUGUGCCCACACGAAUGUCCUGGUAGGCCUGCCUGGGGGUCCUCUCCCCUGGAGUCUGAGUGGGCUGGAGGGGGUCCUGCCCUCACCAGGAGACCCACCUGAACCAGGUCAGCAAACGCCCAAACCAUACAGAGAAUCUCCAGAUUGAGACACAAUAAUAAGCAUGCAAACUGCUGUCCACAGGGCAGGCUUGGGACCCGAGCACAGCCCAGCACCUCCCACUGCUGCCUCGCCGGUGGCACCCGUGCUGGCCUCAGCCCUCCCACCGGCUCCUUUGAAGACUGGUCUGCAGACCCUUUGCCCACUGUGUCCCGAGUCCAUCUCCGUGCAGCCUGGCAGGAGGCCUGUGUCCCUGGGCUAGACAGCAGUGCUUCCGCAGUGAGCACCGGGGACCCCACUGUCCCCCCUACCUCGGCUGGCUGUGCCGGCAGUGAGCUGCUUCGUCCUGUGCCUUCCCUCCUCUGCUGGAGCAGCAUUCCUUGAACUUGGCUCCCAUCCCCAGGAACUGGACUCCCUGUGUGUCCUCCCGGCUCAACCACCAUCCCAGCUGAGCAGCUUGGCUUACCAGGUGGACCACUCAGGACACUAAAUGCUGCCACCAUGGGCACUUCCUGCCCUGGCCACGUCGGCUCCAGGAUCUUGAUGGCAGCCUGGAUCCAGCUUUUGCCUGCAUUGCAGCUUUUCAGACACAAGACAGAAGGCCAGCUCUCCGUUCAGGGCCAAUGAUGGGUUGCCAGAAAUGGACUGACGGAUGGAGAUCUUGCUGGCAGAUACUUUCCUCUGGGUUGUGGCCCAAAAGUGCUCCAGCAGCUUAUAGACAGCAGGUGAGUUUUAAUCUCACUAGUUUGUUAGAAGAGAAGAAACGCUCUAAUCUGAUGUCUUUGAUUUCCAGAGAGGAAGCGGGUGCAAAGAGCAUACUCUCUUGAGCCGGGGUCACCGACUCACCCUCAUGCCUUGGAGAUGUGGGGCCUCGGCCGGUUCUCACCUCCUUGUGCCUCCAGUUCCCCAGACAUCGGAACAUUGACGGUGCUCAGCCUGGUCACUGCCUGUGUGUGACCUCAGUGCCACGCUGACCCCCAGUUUAGCCUCUGUCAGCUCUGGUCACGUGUUAGUGUCCCUAGUGGGGGGACAUUGGCCCAGAGGCAUGAGAGGUGGCCGUGCAAGCAGACAGCCUUCAGUGCCUCUCCCAGGAAAACAAGAGAGACAUGAGAAAACAAUCACGCAGCCCGUCUACAAUCAGCCACCGGCUCUUCUGCCGCCUGGUGUUUGGUACAAACUCAUGGUCUCGUUUCUCAUUUCUUCUGAAUUAACCAUUGCCACACCACACCACCUCCAAGCACUGAACCCCACACCCUUCAGAUAUAAAUCUAUUUUGAUGGUUUUGUUGGCUAUUGCUCUUCAAAUGAAACUCAAGUUCCAGAAAAA